GCAAGCGAGUCAGAAUAAGCGACAGAAGGAGGGCUCGGUCGGCGAAUUUCUGGACGGCGAGGCCAGAGAUGACCGAGAUGAGACGCUUUGUGUCGCACUUUGCUUUGUAGCGAACGGUCAGUGGACAAAGCAAAGCAACCUGUGGACUCUUGGAGACUCUUGGAGUUGCAACUUGGAGGCCAAUCGAAUUGCGGGGGAAAGGAGCCUGGAAGAUGCCGUCAUGUUUCUUGCAGCGCAAGGAACUCAGGGUUGCAAGAUGGCGUUCAAAGGUUUGGUUUUACUUGUUGAGAUUUUCGAGCUAUGCGUCAGCACGCUGAGCAGGGGAUGGAGAAGAUCUGAGGAAGGAGGUGUCGUUCCUUCAACUUGGGAUGGCAUUGCGCCACUGCAAGAGGCUGUUCUGACAGCCUCACUUGCCCUGUUGCUGGGCGCAUCUUCCGAGCAGAAGGUCACUCUUAUUCUUGGACUUCUCAACAACCGUGUGCCAAUCAGGCUCAUGAACGAGCUCCUGCUGGCAGCUGCUGAGGAUGAUGCAGUUCCACCAGUGCUGGUCUCCAGACUAGCUUCACAGCUGAAGAAUCGGACUCUGAACGAUCUCCGAAGCCAGCAGUUCAGCCAACUGAUACAUGUGCUGAGAGCCAAAAAAGACAAAAAUCAGAGCAAAUAUGUCAAUGCAUUGGUGUCCUCACCUCUCAAGGAGGAAUUGUGGAAACCGCCCUUUGAGUCGAAGUUUGUCUGGCGAGACAAGAAGAAAAAUGUCGUUGCCACUCAAACAGAGGGUCUCUUCUUACAGGAGAAUUCUCUUCUUGGAUGGGCCCUAUCACCAUCUCCGCUUGAUAGCGCUUUGGUGCCACCUUCAAAGGCCCAUUUGACAGAGGCUGGAUCGAAAGAGUGGGAUCAUCUCACACGAGCUACGCGUGGCAGAGUCGAAGGUUUGCAACGAGGAUUGCAGACGAAGCUCACAAGCUCACAAGACCAGGCCGCUGAGUUUGUUGACAUUAUUCUUCGUGCAGGGGACGAGCCGAGAAUGGCAGUACUGGAAUGGCUUGGAGCCAUCAUUACCACUGCCGAGCCUCGCGGCAAGCAGGGUCAGCCAGCUCCAGAAGGGUUUAACUUCUGGCCCCAGUAUGGCAAUCACGUCAUCGACUGCUUGAAUCAGCAAGAGCCUGGAGCCUUUGAAAGAUCCAUGAAGAAUCUCCUCUUGUUGCAGGCCCUUCAUGCGCGGCUUCAGGGCUUUCCAACAAGUGGAAUGGCACUGAAUGCUUUUACACUGCUGUUGCACUUGCUGAAGCCCAUCAAACCUGAACAGGCAUCCACUGUUUCAGCUUUCUUCCCUGUUCGUGAUGAUGUCCCACAGCUCUUGGGGAACUACCACAAGGAGGCUCGAUUUGGCGAAAAGGAACAGAUCGAGGCUGCAACCGCCUCUGCCAAGAGCGAUCCAGCCUGCACCACUGCGCUCAGCGACAAGAGUCUGUUCAAGUCACAGAUCUUUUGGCUUACCACAAAGGGGGUUGGCUACCUGCUCAUGCCAGUGGCGAAGGAAUCCUUCCAUGCUUGGCAAAACUUGGCUUCCGCGAUGUAUGACAAGGACCGGGAGAUCUCUGAUGGGGCGACUCGAGAAUUCAUGCUCGCAGAGGCAGCUCUGAAGGAGUCUCGAUUCCUCGAACGCCUGGGACAUCUCGUGGAUUUGACGUUUAGAUUCCUUCAACAUGCAGCGGCAGGAGGCCAACAAGUGCAGAGCUCAAAGUGCCUAAGGGCGCCUAAGGGCGCCUAA